AUGUCAGUCUCCUUCCCAACCACAGGAGCUUGACUGUUGUAAACAUGGCGGCCGCUGUGUGCAGAGUUCUGUCCUUCACUAGGAACGCUAAGGUGCUCCUUCAACCAGUGAGGUUGACUGCUGUACCCGUCCACCGAUACAGCGUGGAGGUUUCAAGUACCGGCGAGGCUAUCACUCAUACCGGCCAGGUGUUUGAUGAAAAAGACCCAAGAAGAGCUCGGUUUAUUGGAAAACAGAAAGAGGUGAAUAAGAAUUUUGCCAUCAACCUUGUGGCAGAAGAGCCAGUGACACACUUGGAGGCCAGAGUGGUGUCUUGUGAUGGAGGCGGAGGAGCACUUGGGCAUCCCAAAGUCUACAUCAAUUUGGAUAAGGACACAAAGGUGGGGACAUGUGGCUACUGUGGACUGCAGUUCAAGCAGAAGCAUCAUCACUGAAGCAUCAGUCCUGUAUUUGCUUCUCUGUAUAAAAUAAAUUAUGUUGUCUAACGGGGAGAACUUUUUUUUUUUUUUUUUAAAAAAAAAGCUUUUCUUUAACGAGGGAAAAAUAAUGAAUGUGAUACUUAUAAAUGUUUAAAAAUAGAGGUUGAAUUUUACUGGAUUCCUGGAUUCUGUUUAAUGCAGUUCUAGCAUUUGACCAAUAGAGGUCAGUGCUGUGCUACAUAUGUACUUCAGCUGACUGUCCAAACAGUGAAUUGCUUUUUAGCGUCAAACUGUAGCUUUUUUGUUGUUGCUUUUUUUAAGAAUAGGUAUGAAAUAAAAGAACAACAUAUA